AUGGAAAUACGUGACAAGAUAAAAGAUGCACUUUCUAAAUGUUGUAUAGAAGGUAGUGGGUCAAUCAUACAGUUUUGGUCACCCAUCGAAAACAGUUGUCUGCUUUCAACCGUUGAUCAACCUUUUUCUGUUGAUUCUCCUGAUGUUCUCCAAAAAUAUAGAUUAUCUUGUCUAAAUUAUUACUAUUGUAUCGAAGAGAAGGAAGACGAGGACGACCCUAUGAUCAUUAGUAGUCGUAGUUCUUGUGUACCUGUAGCCACUGCUUUCGUUGACCGUAUGCCUCAGGUAGUUGUGAACCCGAGUAUGGUCGGAUGCAGUGCCUUGCUUUGUUCUGCGUUCCAAUGUGGAUUGACUUGUUUCUUAACCAUCCCCGUCUUUUUGAAUCAGACCGACUUCGCUAGUUCUGUUGUCGGUGUUCUUGAGUGCUCUUUCAGCUACUCUGAUUUUCUUUUUGAAAUUUUUGAAAGAGUGGAAAUGGCACUUGAGAUUAUACCAGGUGUCAGUGCUGCCAUAGAUGAAGUUGAAGAGGCACUAGGACUCGUUUGUGCAUCACUUGACUUACCUGUUGCUCAAGUUUGGAUUCCUUACGAGAACGAACCAAACCAUACCAUUUUAUCUUGCACUUGGGCAAAACCAGUGGCUGCGCUCCGUGUGAUUGCUUAUUUUGAUGAUUCGGGUGAUCCUCCUUUGCCAUUCAUCAACACUUAUUAUGCUACGUGUGGUACGCUGCCUUUGAACUUGCGGGAUGGGCUUGUUGGGAAGACACUUCAAACUUACGAACCACAUUUUUGCAGAAAUCUUUAUGAGCUUAGGGUUAAUGGGCUGUUGGGGAUGCUCUAUGGUAGGUCUAAGUACAGCUGUUUUGUGAUAUGCUUGAGGAACAUCAACACUGGAAAUGUUGAUUACGUGUUUGAAUUCUUGUGGCGUCAAAGCAGAAGCUAUCUUAUCUUGUUUGAAUCACUAUUAUUAGCACUAAAGAAGGGUCUGCCAAGUUUCCAGUUUGCUUCUGGUGCACAACUUGAUGAUGAAUUACGUGUUCUAGAUGUUGAAAAUUCUACAGGAAGUGGAAUUGGAUCUUUCAAUAUUUUUGAAAAGAAUAGAUUAUCACAAAUACCUAAAGCAUUGGAAGAAGGCAGGAGAUUAGUGGCUGAGGAUUGCAUGUCCUCUUCGGAGUUGAAAUUCAAGAGGACUUCCAUCCUAUUACCACGAGCGGAUAUUAGACAACAAAAAACUGGAACUACUGUUUCUACAUGUGCAUCUGAAUGCAAAAACAUUGUUCUGGGCAUAUCAGAGUCACAAGGAUCAAACUUUGUCAAGCGAAAGUUGAGCGACUUGUAUCAAGAAGAUAAUAGAUCAAAUCUAGACCAUUCUUUCAGCAGCAACAGGUGUUUGGGUGAUGAUGAACUUAUUAUAGAAGCAGAUAAUGAUGAGAAGGACAACUUGGGUCUGGGUAGCGAUUUUGAGGAUGAAUGGAAAAUGCCGGAUGUUGACAGAGCCUCAAAGAGUUGCAUUAAAUGCCUGAGAACUGUGGGUACCCAAACUCUUUGGAAAUGUGCCCGACUGAUUACACCAUGUCUCAAACGUGCCUCGUGUGAUAUUGAAGAGGCAUUAGAAAUCGUUUGUGAAUCACAUCACAUAACUCUUGCUCAAGUUUGGAUCCCUUAUGACAAUGACAAGCAGGUGCCCUGUUCCUCAAGUGUGGAGAAACCUCCAACGAAACAACUGUUUGCAGCUAAACUGACUGGUUAUUAUGAUGAUUCUAAUGGCGGCCUUUCAGCUUCCCUUAAGGAGUAUUAUGAUACUUGUGAUGUGCUUCCUCUGGAUUUAGGGGAAGGUCUUACUGGGAAAGCACUUCAAACUUAUGAACCGCACUUCUGCAACAAUAUCUAUGAGCUGGAUGAUAAUGGGUUAUUGGCAUUACUCCCUGCCAAUACUGAAUGUAGCUGUUUUGCGAUAUGCCUGAGAAGCAUUUACACUGGAAGCCUUGAUUAUGCGUUUGAAUUCUUAUGGCCCCACAGGCGAUUCUGUUUGUGGAAGCCGCUGUUGGUAACACUAAAGAGGUGUUUACCGAAUUUCAAGUUUGCAUCUGGUGCACAACUUGGUGAUGAUAUAUCAACACUGAAGGAUUAUUCAAGUGACAAGGUUUCAACUGGUGUACGACUUGAUGAUGCAUCACUUAUUCCUGAUGGAAACACAUCAGCACAUAUACCUAAUGCAUUCAAAGGAAGGAGAGUGUCUAACGACUUGCAAGCAAAUCAAGAGCACGCUGAAACUUUCAAGAGCGAGAGUGUGAUGUGGCUGGGUUAUAAACUAGUUAUAGAAGCCACAUUUGGAGAUCAUGAGACCUUAUUUUAUCUCAACGGAUCAUCAAAACUAGCGGAUGUUAAGAAGAAUAUCGAUAAAAAUUUGAAGUUGGGACCUUGUAGUUACACGCUUGAAUACCUGUUGAAGGAUUUAUGGGUAACGCUGGAUGAUGAUAGGGAUUGGAAGACUUGCAUAGGAAUUCAGAAACAAUAUGGCUAUGAAACUAUUCAAAUACGCAUAUUAUUAGAAUAGUGGAAAGUUUUUUAAUUUAUCAUCUACACAUGUUUAGUCAAUCAUGCUUUAAAACUGAACUUUAAGUCGAAUCAUGCAUAUUGACUACCCGCAAUUGAGAGUUAUAAUAAUAUAUAAUAUAUGCAUCUUUAAAAUU